AAUAUGCAUGCCAGAUCGCGUGUGGCUUACCACGGUGUCAAAACCGUUCGAUUUCGUAACUCAAGACGGGAGUAACACCACAGAUGAGACUGCUAUCUAUGGUCAACACACCAAAAAUAACUCCCCAGGCAUCCGCAUAGAACAGAUUACAGGUUUUGUUUUUUUCGUGUCCAAUGAUGUUGCUUUUUAAUUGAUUUAUCAUGCUACAUUUCGUGUCGGUUUGUUUAGCAAGACGACAUUAACUCACUUUUAAUAGUCAAAACAUAUCGUACUCAAGUUUUGUUUUUUUAACCCUCUAUCUGAAGAGCAAUACAAAGGGCACUUAAUUGCUAUCGUCUUUUCCCUGUUUUUCCCUCGCCUCGAAGGUUUGAUUUAUAGGUGAUUUUAAAAUGUCAUUGUACCAGCUAAAUUUUUUGAAGCAUUAUCGCCAAGCACUUCUAGCAGGUGACUUUUGAGGAGUACCUCACACGCAUUUGCACGUUAAAAAUAGAGAAACAGUCUCUAUGGUUCGGGCAUUAUAGAUUGACUAUAACAAUUUGCAGGAGAGAUAUACUACCUCCUGUAAAAUUUUACUUAGCUAUAUUGGCGCACCUAUUGGCGUGUUAUUCCGGCUCUGUCAAUAUUGUCACCAGAGACCACACCCACACACAAAUCGUUUCCGCAGUCAACAAAUUUACUCGAGCGUUGAAAGUUAUUCAAGUCACGCCAACACGUAUUAAACCCCAGAGAAGAUGAAGGUUUUGACAUCAUCCCUUGUUGGCCUUCAAAUGUCCCUUUAAAGGAGUGCGUGUUUCGGCGAGGCAUUAACACUAUAUCAGUGGCUGGUAAUUAACAAAUAACCUGAUAACGGCCGGACUGAUUACGUUAUCAAUCCAGGCCAGUGGGCCGGAGGGACUUAGCUGUGAACUGUAAUGUGGGUCACCUUUAAGCGGGCACACAAUUUGCAAGGUAAUUAUUGACCCAAACUUGAAUUAGCUCUAAAAUAAGCAUACAAAUUUAAAUUUCUAGACGAUCCAUGAAUAUUGUGAUUAAGUCUGCCACAGAGGAUCUACAAGCUCGACUCUCUUUGGGCAAACUGGUGUUUUUACAGUAACAGCAGGAAAUCUGGCAGAAAUGGACUCCAACAAGACAACGUCGAAUUUAACUGCCGAGGCUUCAAACAUUGCAACACUGACCAUAAUCCAACUGGCAUUCUACUCAGUGAUAGCAAUCAUUGGAACAGCCGCAAAUUUAGUCUUGUUUGGUGCUCUACUGAGAAGGAAACAUCGAAGCACAAGCGAAUAUUUCAUCCUUAAUCUGGCUGUUACCGACCUUAUGACUUGUGCUGUUGGUAUCCCGCUAGAUAUGGCCGUUAUUUUAAUCCAGCACUGGCCAUUUGGGGCGUUUAUGUGCAAAGUUGUGUACCCAUUUCAGACCGCUCUGAUUGCAGUUUCUGUGGCUACUUUAACUUGCAUGGCUAUUGAGCGGUACAGAGCGAUUAUGACGCCGUUCAAACCAAUGUUGACAGUAAGGGUUGUAAAGAUAACAGUAUGUGUAGUUUGGUGUUUAUCUGCUGCGCUUGUGUCGCCUUACAUUGCCAUUCUUAAAUACAAACACGAUGAGCUCAGCUGUACCGAAGCGUGGCAAAGUGACAAUCACCCGAGAGUGUUCACAAUGUGCGUGUUUUUACUCUUCUAUUCUCUGCCUCUUUGCGUGAUAGCUCCUGCUUAUAUUUGCAUUGGAUUCAGAUUGCAUUUAGACGACAAGAAAAUGAUACGAUUUGACAAGAGGCAAGGAGCUGGAAAUCGACAGUUUCAUAAGCUGGUCAGGCAGCGCACAAAAACCAAUAUCAUAAUCGUGAAAACAUUUUUAUUCGGUGCGGUGGCGUUUGCCCUGUGUUUAUUGCCUUAUCACGUUAUGUGGUUGUGGCAUGACUUCGGUGAUGGCGCCCAGUGGAAUCAUUUCUAUGAUGCGUUGGUUUUUGCGAACGCUUUGGUUUACUUCAACAGCCUGGUCGAUCCGUUUAUUUUUGGGGGUACAGUGAUGCGACAUAAUUGGCGAAAAACGUGUGCCGCCUCGCCGCUACUCAGAUGUUUAAACAUUAGCGUAGAUAAUCGGCGAAACACAAACAGGAACAGAUCCCUAAAACAGCACCGCUGUGACGCUUUAAUAAAACAGCCUUGCUAUAAGCUGUCAAACAGGGACCAUGAACGCACCUCAUCUGUGUGAUCACGGAUCAUUAAACCGGUUAUGAGGUUUUGUUAUAUUUCGCUCCGUAGCUCGCUUGAGUUGCUAAGCUGAUCUGGGAAAUUAAAAUCAACGUGGUUUAAUUCGAGACUCCGAAACUUUAGACCAUAUGUUGGUGUUUGGUUUCUAAAGGCACAGAUUAAACAGGCACAAAUUUUCCUUUUGGAAAUGCUGGUUGUGUAAGAUACAAAUAUUUUUAAUGUCGAAUGUUGAAUGUUGAACUCAAACAGUAAUUCAAACAUAUACAAAUAUUCUUAUUCACGUCUAUGUAAAUAUCCACUAGAAUUUAUUCACUGUUAAUAGUCGCAUACCCAACUAGGCGCCGAAUUUGUCAGUUAACUCAUCACGUUAAGUUUUUUUUCAUUUGACCCUUUUCUAUUUUAGCUCUAUACACCCAAAGGUUAGUUGUACCUGCGUCAGCGGAAGCCUGUCCAAGGCUCUCGGCUGGUUGGGGAACGCCGAAGUCAGUAGCGAAGGAAAAAACGUGGGAAAACUAAGGGGUGGGUGACUAAGCCUGUUUAUCCUUUUCUCGCCCGCUUACUUGCCCGGUUCCAACUAGCCUAGCAGGCAUAUCAGCGCUUUGCCUCCUCCUCCCCCGUAUAACGCCCGCUACUCAUGCUAGGUCCCACCAAAAUUGAGGUCUCGUCCAUACUACGCAAGAGAAAUUUGAAAACGGCGUUUUCACCCCCAAUACGCAUCAAACGUUUUCCUUGCACGCUACGCCGGAGAACACUGAUCGCCAGCGCCAGCGCCGGAAAAGCUUGAGGGCACCUUUGAGGGUUAGGGUUAACCACAUGAUUAUUAAGAUGCCAUCGCUUUCGAAAACCUUUGUUUUCAAAAUGUUUUUGUUCCACAGUAAAACGCAAAGCCAUCGUUUUCAA